UUCGCCGGCAGUGACGUAGCGAGCCAGUUCAUCCCACGUGACUCAGUACUUCCGGUUCGAGAUUUGGCAAUGCGCAUGUAUCGCGUCUGUGUUCAUCUCGUUCCCUUGUCUCACUAUGGUCGGAUGUUCUGCAUACGGGUGCUCUAACUCGUCUGUCAAGGGACAUAAAAUGUUUCGGGUUCCAUGGGAGAAAGCAAGACGAAUGCGCUGGGCUGUAGCCAUAAACCGAAAAAAAGCCGGCGGCCGUCUGUGGAUGCCUGGUGUAGGCGCGCGCAUCUGUGAGAUGCACUUCGUGACAAGGAUGCGAAGCGAUGAUCCGUCGCAUGUGGAUUACGUGCCAUCAGUGUUCCGACACGAUAGAGAGUCCGAGACCCGGGCUGAACGAAAAGCUAAGCGUUAUGAACGCCACAUGCGCAUAAUGCAUAAGCGAGAAGCUGCAGCUGCUCAGCAGCAUCCCAGGCUCGAUGAGGAAGCCGAAGUAGGGAUUCUGGGCACUGAUUAUGGCAAUACUGCAUGUACCGACGAUACCAGUAUCGACGAUAACAUGGGCGACAUCGCAUUGACUCAGGCUAAAGCUGUCCAGACAGACGCACUCGCCUUGUGUGCAAGUUGUUCCUGCUUGCAAGAAGAGAACGAGGUUGUCGUUACAGGUGACCAUCUCUGUGUGGAUCAAGAAUGCAGGUAAGCAAAUAAGCAGGCAAGUUACAGGUAAGAUCUUGCAAGUAAAUGAUUAGCAGUGAAAUGAUUUGGCUGUACACUGUUUUACUAUGACUUAAAACCCACUAACUAGUCGUGGGAGCACAAUGUCGGUGAAGAAAGCUCUCACACUGCUUUCAUGGCACAUCAUAAACUCUUCGUCGCGCUCAACCUCCACAAGGUGUCCACCACGUUCCACAAAAAGGAAAAAGUAGCAACGCUUGCUGUCCACAAGGUUCAAGUGCAGUUGGGCUUGUACCUGGUAGUAAUAUCUGUGACUUUGCUUUAGGGUUCCAUCCCUUGUUAGGCAAAAAUCCUUUUGGUUCUGUCCAUUUUCAGCGAGUGUUGUUGGGUCAGCGUCUCUCAUUGUGUAUAGGCACUUUACUUCAACCAGUGCUGGUUCGUGGCAGUCGCAGUAGUAUACUCCGUCUGGGCUGCAUCCCAAAUAAGGGUACCUCGGGCUGAUCAUGAGCCCACAAUCUUCUAUCCUUCCAUUGGCAUGAUGCUGUGACAACAGAGCAAAUAGGGAGUCUUUUGCCCUUGCUUCGUUUUCAAUACCAUAAUAAAUGGCAGGACUUCUAAUGUUUUGGGAACAAAAAAUUUUUUGCAGCAGCGAUGACACUUUGACCUGUUUGGAUGCACAUACGUCCUUGAAUAUUGAUGCUGUUAUCCUGCCUUUUCUGUGUGCAAACCAGGCUGGACUCUUCCGCUGUAGUCUCGCGUGGUGCCAGCCACUGGCAUGGGAGAUCUGUAGGUGCUGGCAGCUGCGAGUUGUCUCUGUGUGUUGCCUCAACAGUGAAGCAUAUCGCAGCACAGUGACUGCACACUUCACCCAACCUGAAAGUAUACAGGAUAUUUUAUGUAACAACAUGAUUAAUAAAGAAACGCUUGCUAUACUGUG